AUGGCCUACCAGGCCUCCAAGGGCAUGCACUUCCUCCACUCCUCGGGCAUCGUGCACCGCGACUUGAAGUCGCUCAAUCUGCUGCUCGACGCCAAGUGGAACGUCAAGGUGUCGGACUUCGGUCUGACCAAGUUCAAGGAGGACAUCGGCCACCACAAGGGCGGCGCCCGCGACAUCGGCGGCGGCAGCUCCCUCAACGAGACGGUCGAUGUCGACUUCAUCUUGGCCGACGUCUACAGCUUCGGCAUCAUCCUCCCUACUUGGGCCUGA